AUGUUAGCUCGUGUACUGAAAGAGAUGAAGCUGCCAUUCCCGGAUGACUUUUUCCCAGAAAUGACCGUAUCGACGCAGCUUUCCGAUGAUUUCCAUCGUACGGCGUCGCGACUAUUGAACCAGACGCUGGACGAUGAAAUGCCCGUGACUCGGUUCCAUCCAAGCCAGCAACCGGACCAAUGGAAGCUCAUUGGAGACCGCAAUGGUCUACAGCUCUACCGAGAAAGAGGGUUCAUCAAGGGCAACGCUGUCAAAGUGAACGUACUUGGUCAGAUGACUGGCACGUUGGAAGGCGUUCUCCUUGCACUCUACGCAUCGACCAACGAAGCUCUCAAGACUCAACGCUCCAUUAUGCACAGUGUCUAUCUGGAUGCAGCAGUGCUGCAUGUGAUAGAGAAGGACCCGUACAAUGAAGACGACACGAGUUUUUCGUACCGGUUUGAGGGACUCAAGUGGCUCGCGUGCGCUCCUACGGGCAAACUGAUGCAAAAGCGAGACUUGUGCUGGCACGAGCAACUUGGACGCACACAAGAUGCCAAUGGGGAUCAAGUGGGCUACUUAAUUAUGCAGUCCGUACGGGUGGACGAAUGUCCGUCUUUUGAAAAGCAGGGCCUGACACGAUCCACGGCCGCAGUGUGCUACAUUUUCCGUCCACUGCCAAAUAACCGCGUAGGAGUUUACAUGAAAGGACAACAUACAGUCGGAGGAAAGUCGAGAAGCUGGAGUGCAGACACUAUCAUGGCAGAGCUAUGGCUGGGAGUGGCGAGUGCACUGGAAUGUGCAAAAGCGAAACGACUGUCGAAACUUGUGAGUGGCAAGGAAAUGUUCAUUACCAGCACACAGAGUAAGACAUGCGAUAUCUGCGACACCAAGCUAAAGAUGCAUAAGUCAAAGCAGAACUGCAAGACCUGCGGCAAGAGUGUGUGCAACCGCUGUCGAAUGACCAAGAUGAUUUACCCGUCACGCAACACUGACAACUUUCCAUGCAGCUACUUCUUCUGUAAGCCAUGCUUGAGUGACGUGCAGGAAAAGCUCUAUGGACGCUCCGCUGCUCGGGUCAGCUUCCACUCUGAAGAUUCGUCAGGUCGGACUGGAUCCAACCGAUCUGGAUCACCGCGAUACGCGCGCGCUCCAUUGACAGGACGGCCAGCUCUCUCUACGAUAUCUUCGUUUUCUGACCCAGAUUCAGUGCAACGUCAGCGCGCGCCGUCGCAGGAUCGAUCUAGGCCAGCCACGAUGCCUUCCACUAGAAGAAGUGUGGAUCGCCUAUCAAGCCGAUGCAGCAAUAUUAGCAGCUACUCCAGUACACGAACUACUGUAUCGUCAUCCCCUUCAAUAUCUUUCUACAAAAAGCCAUCGAUGAUUCCGGGUUCUAGCUCCAAUGAAGCUCGAAACAUGGACGCAUACCAGCCAUCGACAGGCCGAUUUUUGGGUCUAUCAGGGGAGACUCAGACAGCUGCAGGCCCGCCCAGAGCGGAGCACACGACAAGCGAUUAUAUGCGCUGCAAUGUGCCAUCGAAAGCCUACGGUAACAGUCGUAGCCCGAAAGCACCACAGCGUGUGGUGCUUUCGGGUGACAAGUCGUCAAAUGGUAGCAGAUACAUGGGCAACCAGUCGGUGGACAGUACCUACGACGUCGAAGGAAACGGAGCAUAUUGCGGUCGCGGAUUAAUUAGCGAUGAUAGUGAAAUGAGCGAAGAAUCCUCGGACGAAGAGGUUCUGAGAGCCUACGGUAACACCCGUAGCUCAGGCCAGCACACUGUGGUGCUUCAACGCGACAUGUCAUCACAUGGUAGCAGAUACAUGGGCAACCAGUCGGUGGACUACAUUUACAACGCCGGAGGAAAUGGGGCAUAUCGCGGUCACGAUUUAAUUAGCGAUGAGAGUGAUAUGAGCGAAGAGUCCUCGGAUGAAGAGGAUGCAGAAGUCACAAGUCUUAGCAACCGAUGGAAACAGCACAUUACGGUCUAUGACGGUGAUGAAGGCGACGAGAUUGAGAUCCAUCGUUCUUCGGAAUUCGAAAAGGAGUGGUCGAAUGAACCUGAACAUGUAGACACGUUCGAGCAGGACAAGCUGAAAUAUAUCAAGCCCUUCCGCUCCAACGAUACAGCAGCCAGCUCAACAGUUCAUGGCACAACCUCUUCAAAUGGUUCGACGGAGCAGAAAAAUCUCAUGGAAAGACUCAUGCAGAUUAAUAUGGCGGCAGAAGCCACGUACCUGAUGACUAAGUACAACUCAAAUAUCCAGAGCAGUUCUUCACGAUAG